UAAUCAUAGCUUUUUGAUUUACGCACUAUAUUAUUGCGGCGCUGUGCCAGAUUAGUGCCAUUUACCCGCAGUUCUUUCAUGCCAGAGACUAGAAACCAGUGACUGCCGGUUGUCUGGUUUUCCUUGAAUUUGCUUCACCUACUGAGAGACGUGAUGAAUCCUACUACCGGUGGUUUACAAAGGAGGCGGACCUAAUGCGACCCCCACAGUUGAGCUCCAGGGGGUUUUACAAUGCUGACCAGUUCUCUAAGCACAAUUUGUAGCCUCGGAGAGCGACGGGCCGCAUGUGUGUAAAUAUCUACAAAUGUACACAGCUAUCGCAUCUUUCCCCGAAAAACAGGAAAGAAAACUAAAGAGGAGAUCAUCAAUUUAUUCCCACUUAUCAGAGGAAUUAACCCGCAAGCCUCGUGGCAACAGCCUAUGAUAUUCAAGAUUUUGAGUAACUGUAAAGCAUCAUCUUCACUGAACAUAUUCAGACAUAAAGAAAAAAAGAGGUUACAACUUGAAUGAUGGAGCCUGCUCAGUCGGAGAUGAAUAUAUUAUCCAAUGGGAAGAGCCGUGUCCUCGGAGAUGACAUGGCCGAGCCAACAAAGACGCUGCUAGAGGAGGAGCAAAAUGGCACUCACACUGUCAGAUUUGAUGAUCCUAAUGGAGAUCAGGAGAAUGAGGAGUUUUUGCCCAGUGAGGGAAAGAAACCCAUGCGCUUUACAGAUUUUGAAGGAAAAACCUCUUUUGGCAUGUCUGUCUUCAACUUGGGGAAUGCCAUUAUGGGCAGUGGGAUUCUGGGAUUGGCCUAUGCCAUGGCCAACACCGGUAUACUCCUCUUCUGGUUUCUGCUGACUGCAGUAGCAAUCCUGUCAACUUACUCCAUUCACCUGCUGCUCAAAUCCUCUGGCAUUGUGGGAAUUCGUGCUUAUGAACAGCUGGGGUACAGGGCCUUUGGCAAUCCUGGAAAAAUAGCUGCUGGUAUAGCGAUCAUCCUGCAGAAUAUUGGAGCAAUGUCCAGCUACCUGUUCAUUGUUAAAUCUGAAUUACCACUGGUCAUCCAAGCUUUCCUGAAGGCAGAGCCCAACUCUGAUCUGUGGUACUUGAAUGGAAACUACCUGGUCAUCAUUGUCUCUGCCAGUAUCAUCCUGCCCCUGGCGUUAAUGAAGCAACUUGGGUACCUCGGCUACGCGAGUGGAUUCUCUCUAAGCUGCAUGGUGUUUUUUCUCACUGCAGUUAUCUAUAAGAAGUUCCAAAUUCCAUGCCCGUUCGUGGCGUUCUCAGCCAACGGUACUGCUGCCCACCUCAGCCCAAACGUCUCAAGCUAUGGCCAUGAAUAUAGCAAUGGCCUAGUUCACGAGGAGGAUGACUCAAGCUGCUCCCCACGCAUGUUCACCAUCAAAUCACAGACAGCAUAUACCAUUCCCAUUUUGGCUUUCGCCUUUGUUUGCCACCCUGAGGUUCUGCCCAUCUACACUGAGCUCCGCAAUGCCACAAAGAAGAAGAUGCAGAAGGUGUCCAACAUCUCCAUCCUUAUUAUGUACUCCAUGUACUUUCUGGCAGCUCUCUUUGGCUACCUGGCCUUUUUUGACCAUGUGGAGCCUGAACUGUUGCACACUUACAGCCAGAUUGACCCUUAUGACACCUUGAUCCUGUGUGUGCGAGUGGCUGUCCUGACUGCUGUCACACUUACCGUCCCUAUUGUGUUGUUCCCUGUGCGUAGAGCCAUCCAGCAUAUGUUAUUCUCUGCCAAGUCUUUCAGCUGGUUGCGUCACAUUGUCAUUGCUCUCAUUCUGCUCACCCUCAUCAACAUGCUGGUGAUUUUUGCUCCAAACAUUCUGGACAUCUUCGGCAUCAUUGGUGCCACAUCAGCUCCCUGCCUCAUUUUCAUCUUCCCUGCUGUUUUCUACAUCCGCAUUGUUCCUAAAGAAGAUGAACCCAUGAGCUCCGUUCCUAAGAUACUGGCUGCCUGUUUUGCUGCCUUGGGCAUCUCCUUCAUGGUAAUGAGCCUGAGCUUCAUAAUCAUUGACUGGACAUCAGGGAGCGGCCACGUUGCAGGAGGCCACUAGGUGCUGCUUCAAUGUGUGUGUGUGUGUGGGCUUAGGAAAGAACUGGUCAGUGUAAAGUAAGCACUGCCACCUUGGUGAUAACACAGUACAGAGCUGCCUGGGGGUUUUAACACUAAAUAAAAUAUCUUGUGUGUGUCUGUUGGAAUCACACUUGGAAUGAUCAAUUAACCUUUGAACUGAAAUUUAACACAUGUCUGAACAAAAUAUUUCCAUAACAGUGUUCAGUACAUCACUUCAGCCUAGCACAAUUGUAUAGAAGUUAUAUGAAUAAUCAGGACUGAACUUUUUAUACUGUCUGUUUAUGAGACUAGAUGCUAUUUCUUCCUUUUUAUUUAAAUACAAACAGCUGCAGCUGGUACGUGUACUGUACAGAAAAAAGGGUCUUUUAGGCUGAAGACUGGAAGGCAGAAGCACAUAUAACAGAGAAAGAGAUAUAAGUUAUUUUUACAUUAAUAUUAGUGCACAACAUUAGAACAGAGGAUCUCAUCCUGAACCAGAAACACGCUGACCUCUUCAUCAUCAUGCAACAUUAGACAAAAAAUGCUUUUAGGCCAUUUCAUUUUCAUGAUCUGUAUGUUGUCAGAGUUGUUAUGUAGAGUCAUACAGUGAAAGAUCUUGUUCCACAUGCAUGAACCAGAAACGUUCUUCACAAACCCUUGUGCCUUAUAGCAUCUGGAACAGCACACAGACAUACAGUGCAGCAUGGCUGUAUAUGUAUUUAGAUACUGUAGAUGUGUUUUUAAUUUGAAAUGGACUAUAUUUAACUGCUGUAUACGAUGAAGGUAAUGAUCCAAAAACCUUAUGUAUGAUUUCAGUUUUUGUUUUAGCUUACAGUAUAGAGAUGAUGGGAGGUUUUUCCAGACUGAUGCUACUUUAAACAUUUGACAAAAUGCAAAAAGCUUCACUGAAGUUUAAUGAUGCUUUCAUUGAGUGAAAAUUUUAACUAGCAGUGCUAUUUUUUAAGGCUGCGCUGGAAGCUUAAAUGAAAAGAAUAACUGGGCAUUUUGGUGAAUAUGCUUAAUUUGCUUUCUUGCUGAAAGUUAGAUGAGAAGACUGAUGGGUCAUUUAGCUUUGCAUAAAGACUGGGUUUCAGGGGUUAUUUAUCAAACCUGUAGUCUUUCAACCACCGGCCAAGAAAUAGCCCAACACACAACCUUGUGUUUUUUUUGUACAAAUUAAACAGAUAUGUUCAUAAAUGAGUCCAGUCUCUGUGCUAAGCUAACUGCCUGCUAAGGCUACAGUAGCUUUAUAUGAUACAAACAUACAUUAAGAGUGGUAUUGCUCUUCUUGUCUAAUUCUCAGAACGCAAACAGGCAUAUUUCCCAAAAUGUCAUAAUAUUAUGAUUAAGUGAUCUAGAAUUUAAAAACUAAUGUCAUCAAAAAAAAUCUGCACAUACCUCUAGUGAAUGAGAACAUAUGAUAUCUAGUGUAUGUGGACACCUGAGCAAUGUACAUAUCUCAGAAUUUAUGCAAAUAUGAGGAUAAAGUUUUACAUCCAGCUUGUCCUGCAGUUGUUACAGUGGACUGCACAGGAACUGAUUUUCCUUCCCAAACCUUCACAUGUAGAUGUUAUUGUAUUUGUCAUCAUACAGUGAACUCUGUUGAAGUCCAUGUAUAUUUUGUGGUUAUUAUAGUGUCUAUGAAACUUGUCUUAAAAGAUGCAACAUUCAUUUUGAGCUUAAUUUUGAGAUGUGGAUACUUCCAGUAUUUGUAAAUUUUCAGACUGAUUUUGAAUAAUACGAUAGCAUUGACACACCGCACAUGAGUUCACAGUGUACAGAUGACAUGACCAUUUCUUUAUAUACAAAUAUAUUGUAUGUCACACAAUAGCAUGUUUUAAAGCAAUGCACAUUUUUAACUUAACUAACUAAAAACUCAGCAAAAUGUCAUGUCAAAUAUUUGCUGCUUGUGCCCAAAGAUGGUUUUAUAAUUGUAUCACAACUCUCAGGCUUCAGAAAAGUCCUGUGAAAUUCUCUAAUUUUAUUUAUAUAUAACUUUUUUCUUCAGUCGUUCUUAUUCCUGAUCAAGGUGUUUUAUGGACAAAUUAUGAACAACAGCACGAGAAAUCUUUAGUGCACAUACUGACCUCAAUCUCUUGCUUUUUGAAGUUGUUGUGGCAUAAAUGAAGGUUUAGUUUUGACAAGUUUAGUGAACAGACUUUAAAGGCUUGUGUCUAACAGCCUGAUUUGAAACACCACAUUUUAAAUACAAAGUCACAGUACAUCUGUUAUGCAUUUUUCAGUUAGACAAAUAAAUAUAUGUUAUAUUUUAUUAUAGCUUUAGUUCAAGACAUAAAUCUAUGGAAAUGACACAACAGUAGGUAAAUAAGGUAUAUGAAUUUUGGUGAACUAGAUGUGGCUUUAUAUAAAUAAUGUAUAUAAAUGUAGAUGUUUUAUAUUUGUGCAGCAUAUUUACAGCAGCUUGCAAAGUGUAAAUAGCAGGGACUGUUUUAGUUUGGCAAUAAAAUAAUUGUAGAUUUUUUUUACAAUGUUUCUGUUGUCAUCCAUUCUCCCUAUAAUGAAGGCUAAGCAUUUUACAGAAAUAAACAGAAAAACGUGGACAACAUGAUCCCUCACCUCGGACCUCGUUAUGUUAACACACAACAGGGUUUUAC